AUGUCAACACCAGCAAGUGAUGACAUAGAACGUUCGAAAGCUGUAGCAGCCAGGAAAUUGCCGAAUAACGUGACACAAUUCAAAGAGAUCAAAUCAUCCGAGUUCGAACUGGUCAAACACAAUGAAACAUACAUAGGGCGCUUCGACAACGGACAAAUUCUUUUUUCGAGUCGUCAGCUGCAGGGCGAUGACUCAAAAAGGUCAUAUUUCAUCUUUGAUGGGAAAGAUCUAGCAGGAAUUCGCACUGGAUCGGAUGGCAAUUCCGAUAGUCUUCUCGCGUUGAUGAAAGAGAAUCCCAAUAAGAAACUCUACAUUCGUUGUCUGCCACCACCAGUUGCUGGGAAGAAAGAAGUGAGAUUCUUCAUAAAAGAAGUCGCCGAAGUCGCGGAAGCAGCUCUCAAUCAACAGAAUAUGCAUGUUGAAGUCAAUGAGAUCUUGAAACUAAUGGGAGGCGCUGUUGAAGGAGGCGAGAACUUGAAGACGAUGGGAAGAGGAGAAUUGGAGACGGUUUUUGAGAGAUUUGGGUUGGAUAAGAGUUUGGUGACGAUCGUCCCUGAUCUCGAUUUCGAAGGGAACCACGCUCUACAUUUAAGUUAUAGCGACGGUGUGAUUUCAUUCCGCACACUGAUAGGAGAGACAACCUACUAUCCAUCACUAUUCAUUUAUAACCUGUUCACAUUCUGGGCAUCUCAAGUGGAUUGGUCUGUGGAGGAUAGUGACACAAGGAAGUGGAAUGAAAUGAUAAUGAGUGUUAUGGAGAAGUUCUUUGAGAUGAGUGAGAACGUUAUGGUUUCCAAGGAACAGAUAGACGAAAGCACUUCGGUUGUCUACAAGGCAAUCGCUGAAAGUCGGAACUUUACAAAAACAGAAUCAAAAGAACUCUUUGGAAUUGCUCAAGGAGACCAGACGAUCACAUUCAAGCAGUACCAGGAUAUUUUGAAGAAACGGAAACUACCAAAAGUUGAUCUUCGACCACUAGGCUUACCCGAAAACGCGAAGGAGAUACCUGCAUGGAUGGGAUAUUUGGGAAUUAAAAUUGGAUUUGCCAAGCAGUUUUUGAGAUUCAACGCAAAUCAAGAAGCGGUGAGGAAUGUGAUGACGAGAUGCUUAAAGUACGUGGCGCCGAUAGAGAGAUGGGUUGAAGUGGAGGAGUUCUUGGUGGCUCAUUUUUCGAAAAACACUGAAAAUGAGGAAAGUGGAGGUGGAGAAGAAGAGGAGAACAGUGUUGUGGCAGUGUCGCAUUUCCAAAAGAAGGCAGAUGAAGCUGAAAAGCGACGAUUGGAAGUUCUGAGAAAGAAAGCCCUAAAAAAAGGAAAACCUCUUAAACCCGCACAAAAACCUGCCCAACAGAAACAAUCUCAAAUACCAGAAAUAGCGCAAUGCGUCAUGAAUAACUAUAUUCGUAACAAUAAAGGACAAAGGAUCGAAGCUCACGACGUCUCAACCAAAUUCGGGGAGCUUACUGUUGUGGAGGUCGAUGAGCCAGAGCCAGUGAAAGUUGUGAAAGAAAAAUCUUUGUGUCAUCAACUGGGUUAUCACGAAGAUUGGAGUCAAAAAGAACGUGGAAAAGAUUACGAAUCCAACUUUCACCAUGUGCCGUUGGAAUAUAGGAAGAGACACAACGUGAAAUACUUUUUGAUGGAAAAACGUGAUAUGGGAAGGCCACUGAAGAGUCAAUACUUGACCGAUCUUCGCACAUAUGUGAAAUCCUACAACAUCAAACAAGUACCAAUUCGUAUUUUCAAAUCAGAAAAUCGGGAGAAGGAGGACAAUCUAUUCUUCACAGAAGACGUUUAUGAUAUGAUCGAAUGCUACAUUGACAAAAAUACCAAUGCUCGUCUUUGUCUUUUCCUGGACGAGCACAAUCAGGAAAAAAGAAAUAACAUUUAUGCAACUGUCACUCUCAACCGGUUCUCUCGGCUGAUGAGCGCGUUUAACAUUGAUAUGAGUAAAUUUGUGGCUAUGCCCGAUGUCUAUCGUGAUCUAACUACCGGAAGAAGUGAAAUCGAAUUUUUUGCUCCUAUUCGGACUCUUGGUCCAGAUGGAGAAAUUGUGAUGAAUGUGAAACAGGCAAUAUUCUCUACAUUCCAACAAGUAGUAAUUGGAAUCAAUUGGAUCAAAGCCGAAGAGGAUCUGGGUACCGAAAAUAUUAAGUUGUUUAAGGAAAAGUAUUUCGAAGUGAUGGAAGAAUAUGAAAACACUGAUAAUGCCUACUUCAUUUCCCAACAACACGUCGACCAGAACAUCCAAAAACUACAAAACGAUGAAAUCUAUCAAAAACUCUCUAAAAACGUCCCGAAUUGCUUCGAGAAAGGUCAAGACAUCAACCAAAAGGUGGACAUGCCUGUCAUUGCUCUCAACUGCAUGGCUUACAGUCUCCCUGUCACUGAUUCCUCGUCCACAAUUGUCAAUCUGCCAGUCCACUGGUAUCAUUUGGUGUUUGGGUGGAUUAUGACAUUCUACAAAGAUCAGAAGUCUAACCAACAACGGAUUCUGGCAGAGAGAAUGUGUGUCAAAGCGCAGGUGAAUUGCGAAAAAUUGGAUAUCCAUGUCCACAAGGAAUGGGUGGAGAAAUGGAUUAAGAAGGAUUCUGAAACUUCUGGAGAAUCUUCUGGAAAAUAUUCUGAAGAUUCUGAAGAUUCCGACGAAUCCAAGCAUACUCACUGCGGCGCCUGUUGCAAGCCGCUCUCUGAAAGACCUGAACCUGAGACUCCGCCUCAAAAAGCUCCAGAAGCCUCUAAACCCAAGCUCCCCGCGACGAUUCCUGAAGUACCACCUGCCAAGAAGCCUACUGUAGUCGCUAAAACUUCUAAAGCCCCGCAUCUUUCUUCGAAUGAAGCCACUCCCAUCGAACAUCUCAAUGAUGCGAAGUACUGGAGAGACAAGUGCUUUACAGCUGGAGAACAUUGCUCAGAGGCUCAAAAAGCUCAAAAAUCAGCGGAGAAGAAGGCGAAGGAGUAUGAAACAAAGGCGAAGAGAACGGAAGAAGUGGAGAAGGAGAUGAAAAAGAUGAAAAAGGAGAUGGAGAAGCUGAAGGAGAAGAGCGAGAAGAUGAUGCAGGAAUUAGAAGAAGCAAAUGAAACACUUCAGAAGAAGAAGGAGAAGGAGAUGAAGUUACGGGAGGAGUUGAAGAGCGAGAAACAGCGUGCAAACUCUCUAGAAGAGAAAAAUCAAAUUCUGGAGGAAGCAUUUGCUUCCCUCCAAUUUCAACCAUCUACCUCUGGACCAUCUAACUACAAGAUAAGACUCGAAGAAUUGAUAAAGAAAAAGGAUGAUUUUGAGGAAAGACUACUCAGAACACAAGCCAUGAAAAUGGCAAAUGUCUUGACCACCGAAUCGGAUGACCCGGACAUCAAAAAAAUGGUUGAUGAAGAAAUGGAUAUAUUCAUGAAGUCGUACGAUGAAUAUCUCAAAGUAUUGCUCCAAAAUAUCUUCAAUUUGAAGAAAUUCCUGGGCACCCGACCGCUCAUCCCCCUCCCCACAGAGCCUGCCAUAUCUGAGAAACUCUACAAGGCCUACCGUGAUCAUACUGGCCACUCGAAAGCUCUAGUGGAGGACUAUGAGUGUCAUUUAUGUUUUGUGCGACCGGCACCCACCGAAAAAACGGUUCAUUGUGGACAUGCCAAAUGCAAAAAACUUAUGCAUUUCAAGUGCGCGAAGGAGUGGUAUACAAACAAUACGACUAGCACAGCCUGCAUGUAUUGCAAGGAGCCCUUCAUGAAUAUCAAGGCGGUAAAACAGGGAUAG